AUGCGAGAAUUUUUCGCUUAUAGAAUUCAGGAAAGAAAAGAUGAAGUUCCCACCAUUUUGUCUUCAGGAAGAUUAUUUCAGCAAUUUUUAGUUGAUGGUUAUGCAAUGUUAGAAUCUUCUCGGUUAAAGUUUAUAAGGACUUAUCAAAAGCAAUUAAGAGUUGAUUCUUAUAAAGUCCUAGCAGAUGCUAUAUUGCAUGGUGACAUCGAUCCUUCAUCCCAAGGUAAAAGGAUAAUUCUACCUUCAAGCUUUACAGGGGGUGCACGAUAUAUGGUUCAGAAUUAUCAAGAUGCUAUGACAAUAUGCAAAUGGGCUGGGUACCCUGAUCUUUUUAUCACAUUUACUUGCAAUCCUAAGUGGCCAGAGAUUACUAGAUUUGUGGAGAGCAGAGACUUGAAUUAUGAAGAUCGUCCAGACAUUUUAAAGACAGAGCUAACCGAUGAUGAAUUGAAAAAUCGUUGCUUGAAAAAGCUGGACAUAAUUUUUAAAGGUUGUGGAAAAAGCUUUAACGAUUUUCCGACAAUGCCAAGAUCCUAUUACAAUGAGGAAGAAUUUUAUGGUGCCAACAGACUAAUUAAUGAGGAAUUGAGGCCGAGAUUUGCGAUCCCUCUAAAUCCAACUGAAGAUUCAACAUGCAAUAUAAAAAAAGGCAGUCCUUUGACAAAGUUGAUUGUGAAGGCAAAAUUGAUCAUUUGGGAUGAGGCACCAAUGAUGCAUAAAUACUAUUUUGAAGCUCUUGAUAAAACGCUUAGAGAUAUUCUAAGAUUUAAGGAUCCAUCAAAUUUAGAUCACUCAUUUGGAGGUAAAACAAUUAUUCUUGGAAGUGACUUCAGACAAAUCUUGUUUGUAAUUACAAAAGGUACUAGGCAAGAUGUCAUGCCCCCAAACUGGGAUGGGACAUGA